AUGAAUCUAAGUCAAUGUAUAAAUAAUAUAUAUUAAAAAGUUAUUCAUAUCUUAAUUCUUAUUUUACUUAUUUUUUAAAAAAAACAUAAAUAAUCCUUCGAAUUUAUAUUAAAUUAUGUUGGAAAUAUCAGAUAAAAUUAAAUAGAAUUGCAAAUUACUAUAAAUAAAAAAAUCAAUUAAUAUUGGGAUACAGUAGAGUUUGAAUUUUGGUUAGAAGAUUUAAAAUAAAUAUAUAUAAGUACUUUUCAUUCAUUAAUUGUUGAAAAUAGUUUCUUUUAAUUAGCUAAAUUAAUUUACAAAGAUAAAGAAAAUUUUGAUUUAAAUUAAAUGAUAGAUCUAAUUUAAUAGAUUGAAAUUGAUAAUUUUAUUAAAUUAACACUACAAUUUCAGAUGUUUAAUAUUGUACUAACAUAUGCUUCGGGGUUCGAUAAGGCUAGAAAUAAGAAAAAAGAGAUAUCUUUAUUUAUAAUGAACAUAGUAUUAGAAUAUUAUAAAUAUGUUGCUGAUAAUAGAUUUCUUUGA